ACAAACGUGAGGUGGUCUCGGAAAUCUAACCAUCGCGAGAACACGCCGUUUCACAGCGGCGUCUCCUCGCGAGACUAUCAUCCAUUCCUCUGCCUGAAUCCAGCUGGUGUCCUGCCUGCCGUUGACGGUUUUGUUGCAGUUGCCUCCGGUCAUCAUGGGAAACAUCUUCGGGAACCUGCUGAAGAGCCUGAUUGGCAAGAAGGAGAUGAGGAUUCUUAUGGUGGGGCUGGACGCCGCGGGGAAAACCACCAUCCUCUACAAGCUGAAGCUGGGGGAGAUCGUCACCACCAUCCCCACAAUCGGUUUCAACGUAGAAACAGUGGAAUACAAGAACAUCAGCUUCACCGUGUGGGACGUGGGCGGCCAGGACAAGAUCCGUCCCCUUUGGAGACACUACUUCCAGAACACCCAGGGUUUGAUCUUUGUGGUGGACAGCAACGAUCGCGAGAGGGUUAAUGAAGCGAGGGAGGAGCUGAUGAGGAUGCUGGCUGAGGACGAGCUGCGUGAUGCCGUACUCCUCGUCUUUGCCAACAAACAGGACCUGCCCAACGCCAUGAACGCUGCGGAGAUCACGGACAAGCUGGGCCUGCACUCCUUACGCCACCGCAACUGGUACAUCCAAGCCACCUGCGCCACCAGCGGGGACGGCCUCUACGAGGGCCUGGACUGGCUGGCCAAUCAGCUGAAGAACAAAAAGUGAGGGCCCCCCCCCCGGUCAGUAGAAGUGGGGAAGAGCCUGGGUGCCAGCUCCAGGUAGUGGUUAUAGUGUGAUCCAUUGUGUUUACAUAGAGAGGAAAUGCUGAAAAGCUCCCAGGGGGUGACUCUCAAUGGCUUUCUCCCCGCCCUCAAAAAUACUAUUGAUAUUUUAUUUCCUUACUUUCAUUCAUUUGACUACUUUGGAUCUGUGGUGAGCGUUUUUAAUCAUUUUCAAGCGAACGGUGUCAAAGUUGACCGAAGUGAUUCACAUCCUAUAACACUUAAAUAUCGGAACAUAAUGGUAUAAUAAUGUUACAGUAAAAGUAUAUGAAUUCCCCCUUCUUUUUUUUUUUCGCCACCCCCACGGACAUUUGACUUGUUUAGAAAAUGUGACGACGUCAUGGUGGCGGCCUUCCCUCAGACGCUUGGUGUAAAUUAUAAAGAAUGUCAUAUAGUGGGAGUGCUAUCGCUUUGUUUAAAAACAGUAUACUCAGAUAAGUGUAAUGUCGUAAUAUAUUGUCCACGCAGAGAUUUUUACUGCUACUUAACUACGCUCUCCAGAGCUGGAUUUUAUUCAAAUCUGUUCAGAUUUUAUUUAGAUGUAUCGUUUUAUUUAUUUUUUUAUCAAACGCAAAUUACAUACCUGAUAGAAUUAGAAUAUGUCCACAUGUAUUUUACAUAUUUAUAGGUUUGUUCAUCGGUUCGUGCAUCACAUGGUUUCUAUCCCUUUAUUGCAUUUACCGCUAAGGCAGCUGGUGACGAAAGAAGCCCCUCAGUAUCACUUGUACAUGACUGCUUCCCAAUCUGCAUGGAGACAUCCCAGCGCUGGCUCGUGGGCUUGUAUCAGAGCUUCGAAGUGCCGCGGGGCCGCUGCUGUAAAUAAAGAUAUGCUCUUUAGUCAACGCGCCUGGCUCAGUGAGGGUUAAAACAAUUUGUGUGGCAUCGGCGAGGUGUGACCAUCCGAACUGAUGCAGAUGACAGAACAGGCACACUCUACCGGCUCUGUGGCUUAUAGAAAUAAAUAAAAAUAAAAAAUAAACUAAUGCUGCUAUUGGCCUGCCCUGUGGAGAGUACAGCACAGCAUGUGAUUGGCUAUAUUAGAGAGCUUACAUUGGUUUUGAAUGUUUUCAUUUUUCAGUUUUGAAAAUCGGUUUUGCAGCCGCGCCGUAUCUGUCCACGUUGUUCGUCGCCCUGGUUCGUUCCCUACUUUGCAUUACGUGUGUUUCUUGUGUUAACCAAAUCUGUGUGUAUCAUGUUGCACAAAGUAACUCUCGAUGCAUUUAUGGGUGUGUAAAGUAAAAAAAAAAAGAUAAAAAAGAAAAAAGUCUAUUCCUCCUUGUGUUUUUGAAUGCAGUGAUCAUUUAUUUUGAUAUAUUUUAUUCUUACGUUGCUAACUAGACUUGGCAGCUUCGCAGUCGUUCUUCUUUUUUUCUUUUUUUUUGAGUUUUCACACAAAAUCUGAAAAACAGGAGAGAGGAUGGUAGUAAUACUGCAUCGUAAGGCAUGUUAAUACUGUACAAGAGCUGUAAUAAAAGUGAACUAUAAUGGCCUGUUUCCUCAGACUGUAUUUGUUAGUCUAAAUCAGUGCUGCUGGUUGGAACAAAUGCUGUACUAAUAAAUGUUAUGGGUUAAGUGUAAAGUUUACCGAACAACCUCCUAAUAUGCAAAAGCAUGCUUUUCUAUGUCAAGCGCAAAUUGUAUAUAUGUUUAUGUAACGAGAAGAGUAUACCAUGGUAUUAUUCGCGGUUAAAGUGCUGUUGAUACACCUGUAGAUACUGGGGUCAACGUGUCAGGCAGAUACUGACAGCAGCUUGUGUGUGCGUGCGUGACGUGCCCUCUAUCAUGUUCAGUUCGGUGUGAAAAUUGUUUUUUUUUGUGGCCUUAUUUUGCCGGUGGUUCGUUUCUCUUUGGUAGCGGGUCUGUUUGUAGGAAUGUCCAGAAUGUCAAGUAUCUCACCUAUGAUCUGUGACGCUGAUGCGCUCGGAGUAACGCUGCGGUUAAACAUCACCCCUUCUUUUGGAGACGAUUGGCAGACUGUGACCGAAGAAAGACGAGGCUGCGCAACAUUCCAACCGAUGAUGUGUUCUCAGAAAGGGGUGAAAAUUAAUUUAUUUAAGUUGAGGUCGAAGAAUAAAAAAACGCGAAAGUGCAAAAGUGUUGAAUGAUUUAAUGAUUUCUGGCACUACGUCGAUCAAUAAAAAACCAAAACGUA